AUGAAUAUGGAAGCUAAGCCUCGUUCAUAUAGUUCAGGCCUCAAUCCAUAUGCGAGCGCUUUUGAACCAGAUAUGAUAAAGGACAGCUUAUCCAGUCUUCAUGUGGGAGCAGGUGUGUACUUUUAUAGUAAACAUUUCGCCGAAUUAAAUAUGGCAAAAAUCGAUUAAAACUUUUUAAUAAUGAGACAUGUGACCAAGAAAACGUUAAAUUUCGACCAAAUGCAAUUCGAUGAAAGGUGCAUUAUCAAUAACACACUGUCAUUUGACAUGGAGCCCUUCAUGUAUCAAAUGAGCCGUCCCAGAAGCAUCAAGCUCCAACUGAAGAGUCUAAGACGCCGAUGGCUCAUGAAGAGAAUAAAUCUCACGAUGGAAGCCUAAAAGUGUAUACAACUGAAUUCUUACUAAGCUUAAAGAACCAGUGCACAAGCCUUCCACAAGAAAUUAGCAUUCCACAAAACUAUGCCGUGUCGCUGAAGACGAAGAAGAAAAAGAAACCAAAAAGAAAGAGAAUCCAAAGUGAGAGUACUGCUCUUCGUGAUGUAGAGGGACAGAACCCACAAGAAAGCACUUCAGGCGCCAGUGAAACUAUCAUUCCUUCCGAUAAACCUAAAGAAUAG